ACAGCAGCGCUCAGUUCUCCAUAGUCACAGUUAUCGCCCCUGCCUGCCAAAGCUCUGCCAUGGAUCCUCUGAUGCUCCUCCGCGAGUACACAAUCCGGAACGAGCUCGAUCGUAUAUCUCGAGUCGGCGAAGAGUACCGAUUUGGGAAUGAUUACUCCUUUCCCGGGACAAUCGAGACUGGUUACCGUUCGAAGCAGGGGAACCGCUAUACUCUCGAAACCCUAGUCCAUUUCAUCACUAACCCUAACCUCAAGCACACCGACUACAUCCAGCAAGCCCGCUCCAAUCGAAUCCACCCGGUCACUCUCCCAGACCGGAAACCCCUUCUCGAUUACCUCACCGGAAAAAUCUCAUCCUCGGAUUCCAUCGAGUUCAUCAAAUACGACGCGGCUUCUGUUCCCGCGGCCCCAGCCAUCGCCGGCGCUGCAACUGAGAGCAAUGGUAAUGCGUACGUCGAGGGUAAUGUGAUGCCUGAUGCUGGGGUUCUGGAGAACCAAAGCCCUAUUGAAAUGAUUCGAGCGAUGGAGAAGCCGUUGAGGGAUCGGGAGUCAAUUUUGCUGUGCAGGAACCGAGAUUUCUAUACUGUUUUGACUGCGGCAGUGCGGAGGGACGAGGAGAGGCAGAGGGCGGAGGCGUUGCAGAGGAAAGAUGGAUUGGUGGCGAAAAGUCGGUUGGAGAGAGGGAUAGGGUAUGGGGGUGGUGAGGAUAUGGGCUAUGAUGGAGCUACGAAGACGAAAAUGCAUUUGAAGGGAAGUAAGAUUGGGGAGGGAGUGCCGAUUAUUCUGGUUCCUAGUGCGUUUUCCACUUUGAUUACUAUAUACAAUGUGAAAGAGUUUUUGGAGGAUGGAGUGUAUAUCCCUACGGAUGUGAAGUUGAAGCAGAUGAAUGGUCAGAAGCCAGAGUGUGUGACUGUGCAAAAGAAGUUCAGUAGAGAUAGGGUUGUCACAGCCUAUGAGGUCAGGGACAAGCCAUCUGCAUUAAAGACUGAAGACUGGGAUCGAGUGGUGGCUGUUUUUGUGCUGGGGAAGGAGUGGCAGUUCAAAGAUUGGCCUUUUAAGGACCAUGUUGAGAUCUUUAACAAGAUUAUCGGUUUCUACUUGCGUUUUGAGGAUGACAGUGUGGAGUCUGCAAAGACUGUGAAGCAGUGGAAUGUCAAGAUUAUUUCAGUUAGUAAGAACAAGCGGCAUCAGGACAGAGCAGCAGCUCUUGAGGUGUGGGACAAACUUGAGGAAUUUAUGCGGUCUCGGUCACGCUGAGAUGUGUCAAGUUUAUCUAUUCUGGAGGGGGUGAACUUAAACCCGAUGACCAUGACGUGACUUAACUUUGGGUAACGACUGACACUGCGGCCUUUGAGAAAGCAUCAAGAUGCUGGCUGUUGUUACAUCAUAACUCCAAACAAUCCAUGUUUUGCCUUGUGGGUCUGUUUCACGCUCUAGCGUGUGUUUCUUCUUUCUAAAACAUUGUUGGCUGUAGAUGCAAAACAUGUGCAGCGAAAGCUUUGUUCUGAAGAUGCAGAGCUCCAAAGCUAGCUGUGAUUAACAUUGUGCAAUACCAACAGUAGUAGGCAUUGUGCCACUCCUGUUACAGGUAGAUACCAUUGUAGGUUUGUGUCAAAGCAUCGUAUUUAUUUCUCCUUUUUAAAUUUAUGUGCAAUAGCCUCUGUUCCCGAGUUUAGUGCAUUUUCUGUACAUAGCAAUUUUGUUCUCUCGGAUUGUAAUCAUGGUGGUCUUGUGUUUAAGGAUUAUACUGUUUGUUUGGCAUCCAUUUAUGUAACUUCCCAAAUUCAUUUCC